GAGACGUGAAAUAGACAGGCGGGCGUUGUACCUGAGCGAUCUGAGAUCCCCACCGCCGCCGCGACGAAUCGGCCUCUGGGCGGGGGCUUUUAGCCACAAGGAAAAUGCUUCAGCCGGGAGCUGGUGCCCAGGGCAUGGAGAAGCCGGUUCACCCUUUCUUUGUCCACGUCGCUGGCGGGGACUGUGCCCACAGCACCGGCCACCGCACGGAACUCCUUUGGAUUCAGCGCGCUUCAAGCUGCCGCAGCCAGAAGUGCGAACUGUCGGGGCUUUGACGUUUCCUAUUGUUGCCGGAAGUGACGUUGAGGGCAGUGAACCCGAAAGAACCAUUUUUAUCCUUCCGAUUGACAAUUCGCCACAUAGCUCUCAUUUCUCACUUCGCACCUGGAGGGGCUCCGACCAUGUGAACUACACAAACGUCGCACCUCUACUUUGGGGUCGCAUUGCUUACCGUGAAGGCUCUCCGCCGCGUCGGUCGGCCCCGGGAUAGACGGACGGACAGGGUGGAAUCUGCAGCGACGAAUCCCGGAGCGCGGCGGAGCCGGCGGCUGGGAAGGUCUUGCCGCGGAGACUGGCGGGCUUCUCCCCGAGCGUCUAAAUACAAACGGUCGGCGCGAGGAGCGCUCUGGAGUGCAGGCGUCGGGUCCCUGGAACUUGUCGCUCGGGCUGUGCUCCGAGGUCGCUCUGGUUCUUUUUGAUCCCUUUCCCUUUGCCCUUUCUAGUCUGACCCUGCCCUUCUAAGCCCGCUUCCCUGCCCCGAGGGCCGCAGGGAAUGCUCUGGGAAAAGAGGCUGCGCCCUAGACUCCAACGAAGACGCUUGCAUCUGCUUCAUCCUGCCAGGUGACCAGAUCCAAGCUGUACUUGUAUCUUACUCUUCUUCAAAAUAUUUAUUCUGCUGUUGAUGAAGAGGAUGUGCUCCAGGGACAUACAUUGUUGUCAGAAAUUCCAUUACCAGAGGAGCUUCACUCCCAGAGGAUUCAUUAAUCAAGAGUUACCCAAGGAGGACAGGCUUCAGCAGAGCUUCUAGACUAGGGGAAGAAGAGGCGGUCUGAAACACGAGCCACUGAAAACAUUGUAAAAUCCAUUCUUUUCAAGAGCUGGAGGUUGAUCCAAUGUUAAAUCAUGGCAACAGGUGACUUAAAAAGAAGCUUACGGAACCUAGAACAAGUACUUCGCUCCCUAAAUUACCCUAAAGAGGUUGAUUGUGUAGGCUUGAUAAAGGGAGACACCGCAGCGUCUCUCCCGAUCAUCAGCUAUUCUCUUACCUCAUAUUCACCUUAUAUAGCAGAACUUCUACUGGCGUCCAACGUGGAGCUCCUAGCAAAGAAUGACCUGCGCUUUAUAGAUGCAGUCUACAAGCUCCUUCGUGAUCAAUUUAAUUACAAGCCAAUUUUAACCAAAAAGCAGUUUAUCCAAUGUGGGUUUGCAGAGUGGAAAAUACAGAUUAUUUGUGAUAUUUUGAACUGUGUCAUGAAAAAGCACAAGGAGCUGAGUGGUCUUGACAAGAUUCCAUUGCAACAAAAAAAGAAAGUCAGUUUGGGUAAGCCAGAGACUUUAAAUAGUGAGAAAACAGCUACAGAACCUGUUGGCAUUGACAUCACUGGACGGUUUUUCACUUCAGGAAAGAAAAAAGCUCUGGUGAUUCGUCACUUAUAUAAUGAAGAUAGUGCUGACACCCCUGAAGACACGUUAAAUACAGUAGCAGAUGCUAAUGAAGCACUCGAUGUGUCUGAAGCAAAGACUACUGAGAUACAGACACCUGAGAAACAGGAUCCUGAGAUCAAGUCUGAACAGCAAGGUGUGAAAUUUAAUCCUGAGAUUACUGCACUACAGACUAUGCUAGCUGACUGUCAAGAAAAGCUUCAGAAGCUUGGUUGGUUAGAGAGCAGAAUAGAAUGUUUAGAAGAAAAAAUGAAAGGAAAAAUGAUGGUAAAUGAAAAGACCUGGACUAAUCUUCUAAGUCGUGUGACUCUUCUGGAAACAGAAAUGCUUCUGUCUAAAAAGAAUGACAACUAUAUAGAAUUCAAUGAAAUGAGUGGAGACUCUCCUCUUAGUAGCCAUGUGGAUUAUCUGAACUCUGAUAGAAAAAACAAUGAGGAGAGUUCAGCAAGUCUUCCCCUGUCCUCUGGUUAUAGCACAUCCUCUUCGGAUUCAACUCCCAGAGCCUUGACUAUCACAUGCUGUGGUUUGAAAGAUAAUUCAGAGGAAACAAGCAUCCAGAAAAUGGAAAGGAUGAAAAAAAUGUUUGAAGAAACAGUAGAGUUAUUGAAAUGUCCAGCUCACUAACUGGGGACUCGUCUACAGGACCUGCUCUAGAAUGUUAGCUAUUUUACUUCUUAUGCAUUUUAAGAACUCUCAUUACAGUUUUAAUAUUCUGCAAUAUUUUUUAUUAAGAAUUAGAAUUCCAUUUGGAAUAUAAGUUUUCUCAUUCAAUUUUGAAUAAAUACUUUUUGAGCUGUUACUUUC